GUGUGUACAAUUAAUGACCUACCUACAUAACAAACGGUCACCACCACCUCAAUUCUAUCUUCUUCUUCUUUCUUUGAUAUCAAAGUAAUAACACGUUCAUCAAAUCAGGAUUAGAAUUUGUGAUUAUUUGGAAAAAUGGGUGCUUCAAGUUCCAGUUUUUUAGAAGAAUCUGUGUAUGAUUUUACUGUCAAGGAUAAAACGGGUAAUGAUGUUGAUCUUAGCAUCUACAAAGGGAAAGUUCUUCUGUUUGUUAAUGUCGCUUCCAAUUGUGGGUUAACAGAUGUGAAUUACACACAAUUAUCAGAGAUUUACACGAAAUACAAAGAUCAAGGUCUUGAGGUAUUGGCAUUUCCAUGCAAUCAAUUUCUGAAGCAAGAACCAAAAUCAGCCCAAGAAGUUGAGCAGUUUGUAUGCACAAGAUUCAAGGCUGAGUUUCCUGUUUUUCAUAAGGUUCGCGUAAAUGGUACGACCGCAGCACCUGUUUUCAAGUUUCUGAAAUCGAAGUCACCUGGGAGUCUGGGAUCAAGGGUCAAAUGGAACUUCACCAAGUUUUUGGUGGAUAGGGAAGGCCGUGUCAUUGGCCGUUAUGCGCCAACAACACCCCCAUUUGCGUUCGAGAAAGACAUUCAAAAUGCACUGGAGUCGAAACCAAACUAAUUGAGUGUGCACUCAAGUUCAAUUCUUAUAAGAAUUGAAUCCUUAUCCUUGUUAGCGUGAAAUUGUGUAUAGUGGUGUGCGGUUGAAUUCCAUUUCUCUUCUACGAUCUUCUUGUACGCCUUAAUUUUGUUUGUUCAUAAUAUUAUUUAUUUUUGUUCGUUGUACAACUGUUGUAAAAUAUUAGUGUGGUCAAUAUUAUGAUGAACGAUUCUAAUCA